CGCUGUAAACCUCACCCAAAUAACAGAUUUAAUGUGACAGCUAAUAAUACUGCAGUGCUUGAGAGGUUUCAAUUUGGCCCACUACUGUUUUAUUGCAGAACAAAAUGGAGAGACUGCAAUAAAUUGUGGGAGUCAAACACGGUUGUGUUGACAGAGCAAGUUAGCUACACGUGAAGAUAAGACUGUGCAACCACUACAAAUUCUGAAUUAAAGGCCAGUCUAGCAUUGUGAAGAUGCCAAAGCCAGCAGAAGGAACAGGCGUGGCAAUUAGGAAGAGAUCCAGAGUGCCUGGUGUUAUGGUCACACAAUACAUUGAAGAACUGCCACCUGGAUCUACUACUCCCGAUUUCAUCCGAAAACCCAUAGCCUUAACUAUACAGGAAGGCAAACUGGCCUUUUUCAAAGCUGUUGUGAGUGGAUAUCCAGUACCAGAUGUUUCAUGGGCACGUAACAAGGGAGAUAUCUCUAAUUCAACAAAAUAUGUUUCACGAUUUGAUGAGAAGAAUGAAGAAUAUAUUCUGGAGAUACCAAAUGUAGAUUCGGAUCAAGCAGACACAUACAAAUGUUUUGCUAUAAAUCCAUUUGGAAAGGCGGUUUGUACUGCUGCACUGAAUGUCAUUGAGGUUGGAUUCAAGAAAAGAGCGCCAGCCCCCAAAAGUGACCCUGAUGAGUUCAGAAAAAUGCUGAAGAAAACGGUUGGGAAGAGAAAAGAAAAACAAUGGAAUGAAGGAGAAAUCGAUCCGAGGUUCUGGGAGGUGUUACUGAGUGCACCCAGGAAAGAUUAUGAACGGAUUUGUCAGGAAUUUGGAGUCACCGACUUCAGGUGGAUGCUGAGAAAACUUAACCAGAAGAAAAAGGAAAGAGAGGCAGAACAAUCCAAGUAUGUUGAGAAAAUCCACAGCUUGAAACAGAUCGAGGUAAAAACGGAUGGCACAGCGGAAUUUGAACUCGACAUGAAGUUAAAGGAUCCUAACAGCAAAAUCCUUCUCUUCAAAGAUGGGGAAAUGCUUGACUAUGGAGAUGGAACUGAUGAGGCCACAAAACAUAAUAUGCAGAAAUUUGGUGAAACAUACUUGUUCAGCAUUAGAGAUGUUGGCUCAGAAGAUGCUGGGUUAUAUCAAGUGGAUGUAGAGGAGGUGAACAUGUUCUCAACUUCCCUAGUGUUGCCUGAUGUGGAGUUAAAUACUACACUGAAAGACAUUAAAGUGAUUGAGGGGCAGGAUGCGGUGUUUGAAUGUGCCUUAUCGGACCCAGUACCCCAAAUCACCUGGUGUGCUAAUGACAUCUCUGUUGAGCAUGGGGAAAAAUAUGACAUUGCAGUGUCAGAAGACAAGCAAGUCCACAAACUAGCAGUGAAAAACUGUACAAAAGAGGACAAGGGAGUCUAUACGGCUAUUGCUGGGCUCAGGUCAAGCCAGGGGACUCUGGAUGUGGAAGAUGAUCCCAGUGCCCACGGGAAAGAUGAUGGUGCAGAUGAACUAGCCAGACGUUUAGCGGAAGAGAAAGCCAGACUGCAGAGGGAAAAGGACGAGGCGGCCAGGAGGGCACAGGCUGAAAAAGAUGAAGCAGCGAGGAAGGCCCAGGCUGAAAAAGAUGAAGCAGCCAGGAAGGCCCAGGCUGAAAGAGAUGAGGCAGCGAGGAAGGCCCAGGCUGAAAAAGAUGAAGCGGCCAGGAGGGCCCAGUCUGAAAGAGAUGAGGCAGCCAGAAGGGUUCAGGCCGAACAAGAUGAGGUGGCUAGGAGGGCAAAGGCCGAGCGAGAUGAGGCAGCCAGAAAAGCUUGGGAAGAACUAGAUGAGGCGGCCAGGAGGGCCCAAGCUGAAAGAGAUGAGGCGGCCUGUAGAGCCCAAGCUGAAAGAGAUGAGGCAGCCAGGAAGGCCAAGGCCGAGAGAGAAGCUGCUGAAAGGAUGGCAGCUAUGGCAGCAGGAAAAGGCAGUGGAGGAUCUAGCCUGGGAGAUGGGAGUGAGGGUGAUGGAACGGGGAAGAACGGAAAAGGAGGAGAUGGUACCUUGGUAAAUGGGUUAGGAGAUGGGAGUGGAAGUCAUGGAAAAGGUGAUGGAUUGGAUUUAGAUGGAUCAGGUGGAGACGGGUCAGGUGAUAAGAAGCGUACAAGAGUCGGUGAGCUGAUUCCUAACAACAUCAUAGACCAUGGAGUCCACUUCCUGAACGGGUUGUCAGAUACUGCAGCCAAUGUUGGAGAAUCAGCAGAGUUGUCCUGCAAACUUAGCAGUGAAGAUAGCAAUGGAUUAUGGUACAAAGAUGGAAAAAAGUUGGAGUCAAAGGAUGGAAUUACAAUUGUCAAAGAUGGGGCUCACCACAAACUAAUCAUCCAUGACUGCCAAGAAAGAGAUGCUGGAAAAUAUAAGUUUGAGGCUGAAGGACGUAAAUCAGAGGCUGCACUAAAUAUUAAGGAUCCACCCAAAAUUGAUGCAGAUGCCUUGAGUAAAUUCUCAGAGCCUGUUAUUGUCAAGGCAGGAGAAAAUGCUUCCUUCAAACUACCAUUUUCAGGCAAAGAACCCAUUAAGAUUCAGUGGUUUAAAGAGGACGAAGAGUUGCUGGAGGGUCACGGUGUCAGGAUCGAAAAGUCUUCCACUCAUAGCCGUCUACUUCUUACUAAGUGUCAGCGCAAAGACACUGGAGAGAUAAAAAUCAAAAUCAAGAAUGAAUUUGCCACUGUAGAGGCAACUUCAGAACUUACAGUAGUUGACAGGCCAACUCCACCACAAGGACCUGUACAAAUCGUAGAAAGCUCCUUGUCUGCCAUUGAGUUUAAAUGGAGACCCCCAAAGGAUGAUGGUGGUUGUCCAGUGACUAAUUACAACCUGGAGCGACAGCAGCUGGGACGGAACACCUGGACUAAAAUCGGAGACAUUCCUGGACAGCCUACCUACAGAGACACAAACAUAGAUCGUGGCCGAAAGUACUGCUACAGAAUCCGGGCAAAAAACUUGGAGGGCUUCAGUGAAGUCUUGACAACUAAUGAUAUUGCUGCUGGCACUUUGGCAUUCCCUGGCUCUCCUGCUCCUCCUAAAAUAGUCAGUGCCUUUAAAGACUGCAUUAACUUGGCCUGGCUUUCUCCCUCCAGCACUGGAGGGGGCAGUAUCAUUGGAUACAAUGUUGAAAAACGCAAAAAAGGUAGCAAUUUUUGGAGUCAAGCAAACCCAAAAGAUGAUCCAAUCCGAGACAAAAAAUAUGCUGUAAAAGAUGUAAUCGAAGGUGUGGAGUAUGAGUUCAGAGUGAGCGCUAUUAACACAUGCGGGCCUGGGGAACCAAGUGGGCCGUCUGAAUGUGCAAUUGCAAGGGACCCCAAAAAGCCUCCUGGUAAGGUCAAAGACUUCAAAAUUACUGGAUCGAGCUACACCAGUCUAUCUCUUUCCUGGACUAAACCUAAGGAAGUCAAAGGUGAGGAAGAUGAAGCAAAAGGCUAUUUUGUGGAAAUCAGACCCACAGACCAACUUGAGUGGAGUCGUAGCAAUACAAACGCAGUGAUUCAGACUUCCUUCACUGCUGUGGGAUUGAAGUCAAUGGCCAUGUAUUGGGUUAGAGUGAUCGCCGUCAAUGAAGGAGGAGAGGGGCUUCCACAGAGCUUUGACAAUUACAUCAUUGCCAUGCCUCCUCCAGUAAAGCCAAAGUUCACUGACAAAAAAAUGAAAAGUUUCAUGGUUGUUAAAGCUGGAAACACUGUUCGUGUCAGCGUCAGUUUUGAGGCCUCUCCUUUACCAGACAUAACAUGGCUAAAGAAUGGUGUUCCUGUAGCCAAACAUGUGACAAUUACUAAUUUUGAAAAAGGUUCUCAGCUAUUUAUUUACACCUCAGAGCUGUCUGACACUGGCAUUUAUACUGUCAAUGUGAAGAAUAUGGUGGGCCAGGACACCUUCACUAUUGAAAUAAGAGUCACUGAUGAUCCCAAGCCUCCAGGUCCUGUAGAACUGGAACAGCAUGUCCAAGGCACUGUGACUCUGUCAUGGACUCCUUCUCCCGAUGAGAAACGAGACAACCAUCUGCAUUACAUGGUGAUGAAGCGGGACUCUGUCAAGCAAACAUGGCUUACACUGGUUGACUGCUUGUUCAACAACAAAUUCACAGUCAUUAACAUCUUGCCAGGAAGAGAGUACAAUUUCAGAGUGUUUGCCAAGAAUGAUAUAGGCCUCUCAGAGCCCUCAGUGUCUCCAGUUUGGGGAACCACCAAAAAAAGAGAAAAAUUCACAUAUAGCUUGCCUGUAUCAAAGACCCUCGACUUCCAGGCAGCCCCGAAAUUUAUUGUCCCUUUGAAAGUUCACGCUGCUCCGCCAGGUUAUGAGUGCUAUAUGAGCUGUGCUGUGACGGGCAACCCAACCCCACAUAUUACCUGGUACCAUAAUAAUGUCAGCCUCAACACAAAUCCCAACUACUACAUCACAAACGUGUGUGGUGUUUGUUCACUGCUCAUCCUGAGGGUUGGACCCAAAGACAUGGGAGAGUACAAGGUUGUAGCCGAAAGCCCCCUUGGUCAUGAUGAGUGCUCCACCAAACUUAUAGUCAAAGAGUAAAGAAACUUCAAACAACACCGUUUGUGAUCAUAUUUCUUGAAAGUGAAAUAAAUGUAAUAAUUGAUGUGAUCUUAAAUAAAAAAUAAAAUAAAAAGA